AUGACCAUCCAAGUGUUUCGUACUGUCAGAGAGCUCCGCCAGUGGAGAAGAUCCUUGCCAUUUGAGGAUUCGCUGGGAUUCGUGCCAACUAUGGGUGCACUCCAUGAUGGACACAUCUCACUAGUUUCAAAAUGCCUCGAGGAGAAUGACCACACAGUGGUUUCAAUCUUUGUCAACCCUUCACAGUUUGCACCAAAUGAGGAUUUGAACUCGUAUCCACGAACGUUCCCCCAAGAUUUGGAGAGAUUACAAGAGAUAAUGGUGAACGGCCAUGGAGUCGAUGCCAUCUUUGCACCAACGGUGCCUGAGAUGUAUCCGUCUGGCAUCACACUCCAGGUUGAAGAGCAAAAAGGUGCCUUUGUGAGUGUCUUGGGGUUAAGCGAGCAACUGGAGGGAAAGACAAGACCAAACUUCUUUAGAGGGGUCGCCACUGUGGUCACAAAGCUGUUCAACGCUGUUGGUUGUGAUAAGGCAUACUUUGGCCAGAAGGAUAUCCAACAAACCGUUGUGCUGAAACGAAUGGUUCGUGAUUUACUUAUGCCAGUGGAAAUUGUGGUGCUGCCCAUAGUGAGAGAGGACUCUGGAUUGGCCAUGAGCUCUAGAAACACCUAUCUCAGUGCCGGUCUCAGAUCCAAGAGCAGUGAUAUCUACCUGGCUUUGAACAAGGGGAAAGAACAGUACCACAAAGGCGGCGAUAGAGACUCAAUCUUGAAAGCUGUAUUGGACACUCUCACUGAUGACAGUUUCCAAGUUGACUAUGUAUCAUUAGCAGAUCCCGUAGAGCUCCAGGAGGUUGUCGGUUCCGUUGACAAAACCACGGGCGCAAUCUUGUCCAUUGCAGUGUACGUCAAGGAGGACGGCAGAACCACGAGGCUCAUAGAUAACGUUAUACUCCAAUAA